AUGCUACUUGACCUUCACCCCCAUAGUGUGAUAGCUGUGGGUGUACUUCUUCCCACCCUCGCCUCACUUGCUGUAGGAUCACGGUUCUAUUCAAGGCGCAAGCUUGGCGUCUCUCUCAAGGAGGAUGACUGGAUGGUUCUAGUUUCGGUGGUGCUGGUAUGGGGCUUAGGCAUCACCAAUAUCUCCGGUGCUGCCCUGGGGGCUUUGGGGGCCCAUUCGGAGCCAGCGAGUCCUGAUGCGCCUCAUCACAAUACUAUCAUGCGAGGACCUCGGGAUGAGAUUGCUGAACAGAUUGUUCUCGGCUAUAGCAUCGUUGAGAAGGUUGCAUUUGGCGUCAUCAAAAUCAGCGUGUUAUUGGCAUAUAGGCGAAUCUUCCGUGGUGUGACAUUCAAUAUCGCCUCACUUACUAUGAUCGCCAUAUGUGCACUAUUAGCGAUAUCAUUUCUUAUUACCUCCGCUCUCCAGUGCCAUGUUCGAAAUUGGAGUCUGCAAUAUCUUGCCUGGUCGCAUCGGCGACACUGUGUCCAAGCUGAGAUAUCAUGGUCUGGCUAUGCCAUUGCGGACGUGGUCACAGAUCUAGUGCUCCUGUUGUUCCCUGUGCCACUGGUUUGGCAGCUGCAACUCACCAUUUCCAAGAAGAUCAGUGUGCUUUUGGUGUUCUUACUAGGAUCGUUGUCGACUGCUAUUGGCAUCACGCGAAUGAUUGUGUUGUUAUACUUCACCUAUGGUUUGUCUCGCAUUAGCCCGCAAAAAGAACGGAAUAACUGA